GAAUAAUAUCUGCGAAGCUUGUCUACUCCGCACAGGCUUGUGGAGGGAUAAAAGGAAGCAGUGGCACGUCGACCGGCUAUGCUUUCCGUUGAUGAAUCUAGUCCGGAAGGUCAAAUUCAUCUCACUCCGUUUGUAUCUUUCGCCAAAAAAAUCAGUAGUUCAUCGCGUUUGUCGAAAUGUCCCUUCCUGCAACUUUCAAGCAAGCGGUGUUCCGCUCUGCUGGAUCACCGCUCGUGAUUGAAGAGAGCCCUCUCACUCCUCCAGGCGACCGUCAGCUCCUUGUCAAGGUCGAGGCUUGUGGCGUUUGCUCCUCGGAUCGAUGGGCUCAAAAUAACGUCAUGGGUGGUGGGUUCCCUAUUGUGCCUGGCCAUGAGAUUAUCGGCCGCGUCGCGGGCCUCGGAAACGGCGUCUCGAACUGGAAAGUUGGGGAUCGGGUUGGUGGAGGCUGGCAUGGAGGUCACGACGGUACCUGCAGAGCCUGUGACAAAGGCUAUUUUCAAAUGUGCUCUGCCCAGCAGGUGAAUGGGGAGACCAAGAAUGGUGGCUACGCUGAAUAUUGUCUUCUCAACGUCGAAGCUGCGGUUCGGGUGCCCGAGCACGUCCCCGCCGCAAAAUACGCCCCCAUUCUCUGCGCAGGCGUCACCGUCUUCAACUCUCUCCGUCAUAUGAAUUUUACGCCUGGGGAGAUAGUCGCGGUGCAAGGGCUGGGCGGACUGGGUCAUUUGGCCAUUCAGUAUGCGCGGAAGAUGGGGUAUCGAGUUGUAGCCAUCUCGCGGGACUCGAAGAAGGAGAAGAUGGUCCGGGAGCUGGGCGCGCACGAAUAUAUUGACGAAAGUCAGGUUAAUGUGAGCGAGGAGUUGCAGCGGCUGGGUGGAGCCUCUUUGGUCAUGUCGACUGCGCCAAAUGCGGCGAUUAUCAGUCCUUUGUUGAAGGGGUUGGGAGUUCUGGGAAAGUUAUUGAUCUUGUCUGUGCCGGGUCCGGUGCCAGUGGACACCUCAAUCAUGGUCAAUAAAGGAUUAUCGGUGCAGGUUUGGCCAUCAGGCCAUGCAACUGACAGCGAGGAUGCUAUUGCCUUCACCGAGUUGCAGGAUAUCAACUGCAUGGUGGAGGAGUUUCCGCUGGAUAAGGCCAAUGAGGCCUAUGAUGCCAUGGUGAAGGGAACGGUCAGAUUCCGCGCAGUCUUGACGAUGAAGUAGCUCCUGUACCGUAUUCCUCUGAGCGCGGACAGGAAUCAGGUGCUUGGGCGAACAGGUCCGAGGCUCAGCUCUGUCUCAGUUUGAUUCAUU